AUGGUUACUAUAAUCAGCACCAUGGAAACCCAGGUGUCCAACGGUCCAAGCGGAACCAGUCUGCCUAAUGGUCCAGUCAUCAGCACCAAUGGCUCCACGGACGACAGCAAAACCAACCUGAUCGUCAACUACCUGCCUCAGAACAUGACCCAGGAAGAGUUCAAAAGUUUGUUCGGUAGCAUCGGGGAGAUUGAGUCCUGCAAGCUCGUCAGAGACAAGAUCACAGGUCAGAGUUUGGGAUAUGGCUUUGUAAACUAUGUGGAUCCAAAUGAUGCAGAUAAGGCCAUCAACACACUCAAUGGUCUCAAACUGCAGACUAAAACAAUCAAGGUAUCAUAUGCUCGGCCAAGCUCGGCUUCUAUUCGCGAUGCCAACCUUUACGUGAGCGGACUCCCUAAAACCAUGAGCCAGAAGGACAUGGAGCAGCUGUUCUCCCAGUACGGUCGCAUCAUCACGUCCCGCAUCCUCGUGGACCAAGUCACAGCAGGCAUAUCCCGAGGAGUGGGCUUCAUCCGGUUCGACAAGCGAAACGAAGCCGAGGAGGCCAUCAAAGGUCUGAACGGACAGAAGCCUUUGGGCGCCGCCGAGCCCAUCACCGUCAAGUUCGCCAACAACCCGAGCCAGAAGACGGGCCAGGCCUUACUGACUCAGCUGUACCAGACCGCCGCCCGCCGCUACACGGGGCCCCUGCACCACCAGACUCAGCGUUUCAGACUCGACAAUUUACUAAACGCCAGCUACGGAGUCAAGAGCUCUCCCACUCUCUUCCCCAGGUUCUCCCCCAUCACCAUUGACAGCAUGACCAGCCUGGCCGGGGUCAACCUCACCGGUCCCACUGGAGCCGGCUGGUGCAUCUUUGUGUACAACUUGUCCCCCGAGGCGGACGAGAGCGUCCUGUGGCAGCUCUUCGGGCCUUUCGGCGCCGUCACCAACGUCAAGGUCAUCCGCGACUUCACCACCAACAAAUGUAAGGGCUUCGGCUUCGUCACCAUGACCAACUACGACGAGGCCGCCAUGGCGAUCGCGAGCCUCAACGGCUACCGCCUGGGCGACCGCGUGCUGCAGGUUUCCUUCAAGACCAGCAAGCAGCACAAGGCCUGA